AUGUGCCAAACUAAUGAGCACAAGUUACGUAACUGUCCACAAUUCCUCAACAAAACACCUGCUGAUAGAAUCGAUUUUUUGAAAAGCAAAAAAUGGUGCCUGAACUGUCUUAGUACUGGACAUACCGUGUCAAGAUGCACAAACCCAUUUAAUUGUAUCAAGUGUCACUCGCGACACAACACGCUCCUUCAUAUUGAGACAGCUCAAACAAAGGCAACGACACUUGGGACCUCUUCAGAUUCUGCGACUAAUUCUGCAUCAACAUCCAAUCAGGCCCAAGCCAAACGCAAUUCAACAAAAUCAAACAAGCAUACAAGCAAAAACGUGAAGUCUUGCUAUGCGAAUACAAACACAGGUGUGUUAUUAGGGACAGCACGCGUCAACAUAUAUCUCAAUGGUACGAACUAUUCCGCUAGAGCACUUAUUGAUUCUGGUUCAGAGUGUUCUUUCAUUACUGAAAGACUAAAACGCAGAAUUCACUUGCCGUCAAUGCGUAUGCAUGCCCAAGUUUCGGGCAUCACUAAUACAACUACGGCGCAGGUUAAAGAAGCGUGCAACAUCGAAUUGCGGUCUCCUGUUGACCCGUUGUUCCGCUUAAAUACCUCUGUGCUCGUGCUAGCACAACUGACUGGAAAUCUUCCUACUUGCCACAUGAGUGCAGUGACUAAGCAAGCAUUUCCAGAUCUAAUUCUAGCGGAUAAACGAUUUUUAGUCAAUGAACCCGUAGACCUUGUUCUGGGUGGCGACAUAUAUCCACAAAUUAUUCUGAGCGGGCUUAAGAAAAACAUAUUAAACACACUUCUGGCCCAAGAAACAGUAUUUGGCUGGAUAAUAACAGGGCGAACUGAUACCUCGAAUCCAGGAACGAAUAUCGUCUCAUACUACAGCGAAGUUAGUCUGGACAAGCAACUGAGUGCCUUUUGGGAGCUUGAGGAGAUUCCAAAGAACAAGAGCCUUAAUGAAGACGACAAGUACUGCGAGGAGCUGUAUCAGAAAACAACCAUACGAAAUAAUGAAGGAAAAUACAUCGUGUCACUACCAUUUAGGAAAGAUUUUCCAGGAAAUAUUUCCCUAGGCCCAUCCCUUAAAAGAGCAUGUUCUCAAUUUUACCGGAAUGAGACACGGCUGGCCAAGGAUCCCGUCCUGCAAAAGGAAUACAAUAGGGUUCUAGCGGAAUAUGAAACGCUUGGGCAUAUGUCGAAAAUAACAAAUCCCAUACCCGCAGACUCGUCUGAUAAUUAUUUUCUGCCGCACCACGCUGUUAUAAAGGCAGAAAGUACUUCAACGAAAGUACGCGUGGUGUUCAAUGCCUCAAGCCCAACGGCGAAUGGCAACAGCCUAAAUGUCGUACUUUUCCCAGGACCAGUACUUCAGGCAGAUCUUCCGAUAUUAAUACUCCGUUGGAGACUAUACAAAUAUGUGUUCAACAGUGACAUCGAGAAGAUGUAUAGGCAAAUUAUGGUACAUAACAACCAUACUAAGUAUCAGAGGAUUAUUUUUCGCACUAACCCGAAUGACCCGAUCAGUCUGUACGAAUUAAAGACUGUCACGUUCGGCAUCAAUUGUGCUCCUUAUCUGGCUAUAAGGACACUUUUACAAUUAGCUGACGAUGUGCAAAGCUCCCAUCCAAUAGCAUCUAACAUACUACGAAAAUGCAUGUAUGUCGACGAUGUAUUGUCUGGUGGACACACUAUCGAUUCAGCAAUAAAAGCCAGAGAUGAGAUAUCGGAAGUGUUGCAAUCAGCCGGUUUUCCACUUCGAAAGUGGACAGCCAAUAGCGAGCAAAUACUUAAUGGCAUACCAAAAACAGAUCUACUUAGCGAAGAUUUUUUGGCAUUUGAAGAUACCAGCGCAGUCAAGGCUCUUGGAAUAAGAUGGAAUGCCCAUACGGAUCUUUUCUAUUUUAUAGCAAGGCCAUUGGAGAAAAGCGAUGCUGUUACGAAAAGAGCGAUACUAUCUGCCAUUGCUAAACUCUUCGAUCCGCUCGGGUGGCUUGCGCCUAUCAUAAUCGUAGCCAAAAUCCUUAUGCAAAAUAUUUGGCUGGAAGGCACAGAUUGGGAUGAGACUGUGUCUUCGACCACUCUAGACCGAUGGCAGAAUUUUACCCAACAUUAUAACGAAAUUGAUAAGGUUCGUAUACCGCGAUGGGUUGUCCCGUCUAAUAGUGUGCUUUAUUCACCAAGUCUCUUUGCAUGGGGAAAAUCAACUCAUGCUUCGCCUUAUCCGAACUCAGUAUUGGAUCCCCAGAGUUAA